UUUACAUUAAUCCCGCGAAUAUCACAACAACAAAUAUUUGUUGUAAAAUGGAUGCGCCCAAGCUUACGCUACUUUGAUAACAAUUUAACUUCCUACCUUUCUUCAUGACUGUUUUAUGUUGUUGAAAAACAGAAUAAAAAAUGGAUUCAGACGAGGAGAGUGAAGCCCAGUUUAUCGCCAAGCGACAGAAGGUGUUGCAGUAUGGCAGUCUGGAAGAGAAGGAAAAGCAGCGCCUGGCGGGCGGUGGCGGCGGGGAGGGCUCCCUCGCUGCUGACGCUAUCAAGGCCGGCAUUGCUGCAGGGAACAUUAACAUCACUAGUGGUGCCACCAUGGAUCUAGAGAAAGAGUAUGAACAGAACCAAGCCGACUUGCUAGCAGAAUUUGAAAAACGGAAAAAGGCCAAGAAAAUUCAAGUGUCAACAGACGACUCUGAAGUGAAGGCUCAUCUGAGAAAACUCGGGGAGCCAAUUUGUCUGUUUGGGGAGGGCCCAGCUGACCGCAGAGAGAGGCUGAGACAGGAGCUUGCACAGAGAGGAGAGGACGCCAUGAAGCAACAGAAAGUCCAACAGGAAACUCUUCGCAAGAAGAAAGAUGAGGAGAAUGUCACUUGGUACCACGAAGGUGCAGUGUCACUGAAAGAAGCCAGAGUGUGGAUUGCAGAGUAUUCAAUACCAAAGGCUAAAGCAAGAGUGCUCAAACAGAAGGCAGACUCGCAUUUUGCAGCCCAGAAAUCCGUGUUGAAUCAAGAUAUUCACAAGAGAUUAAGGGCUGUCAGUAACGAAUGCAGUCAAAUCGGAGACAACAGGCCACUGUCGUUCUGUCAGUUCUCUCCAAAUAGCAAAAUACUGGCCACAGCAUCAUGGUCUGGCUUGUGCAAGCUGUGGUCAAUACCUGACUGUUCCCCUAUAAGGACCUUGAGGGGUCACAACUGCAGUGUUGGAGCGAUAGUGUUUCACCCCCAGGCCACAGUGAGUCUUGAUGAAACAGCCUGCUCUAUGGCCUCCUGUAGUCAGGAUGGGGCAGUCAAACUAUGGAACCUGGUCAGUGACGAACCAGUUGCAGACAUUGAAGGACAUGCACCGUAUCGUGUCUCUAGACUGGCGUAUCAUCCUUCAGGCCGAUUCCUGGCCACUUGCUGUUUUGACAACUCGUGGAGACUGUGGGACCUGGAGGUCCAGGAGGAGAUACUGCACCAGGAGGGACACAGCAAGCCAGUCUAUGACAUCAGCUUCCAAUGUGACGGGGCACUGGCCGCCACUGGGGGCCUGGAUGGCUAUGGUAGGUUGUGGGAUUUACGGACUGGAAGGUGUGUCAUGUUCCUGGAAGGUCACCUUAAGUCCGUCCUGGCAGUGGACUUCAAUCCGGAUGGGUACCAUCUGGCCACAGGUAGUGAGGAUAAUCAGGCCAAGAUCUGGGACCUGCGACAGCGGCAGUGCACCUACACAAUACCUGCCCAUAACAGUCUCAUUAGUAAAGUGAAAUUCCAGCCAACACAUGGGCGGUACUUGGUGACAGCGUCAUAUGAUUCCUCCACAAAGAUCUGGGCUCAUCCGGUGGGUACACCCAUCAAGACGCUGGCGGGCCAUGAGGGCAAGGUCACUGGGGUCGACGUAUCACCCAAUCUCCAGUACAUUGCCUCCGUCUCCUUUGACAGAACAUUCAAACUCUGGGCCUCAGAAAUGAAGGGUGGACUCUGAGUGCACAAAGGUCGAGAAGGACAUUUGAAAAGAAAAAAAAUGUCAGCCUUGUUCUGAAAAACUGGACUUAAUGCAUGAGCGUAAAGUGUCGUUCUAGAUAAACCUGGUAACCAAAAACAACACUAUCUACCUUAAUGGUACUUUCUGUUAAAGGAAGUCUCUUCUGAGUGAAAACCAGUUUAGGCGCAAAGUCUUGUCCCUGAUAAGCAUGUGCGGACUGCACAGGCUAAUGUGAGACAACACUCACCACUUUAAUUGUGUUUUUCAUUUAAAGGAAUUAUCUUCUUGGCGAAAAUCAAGUUUAGACGGAAAGUGUUGUCCCUGAUAAGCCCGUUUAGACUGCACAUGCUUAUCUUGGACGUCACUUUAUGCACAUGCAUUAAGUCCAGUUUUCCCAGAACUCUGCUCAUUCCAUCACCUUGAAACAGACUGUCAUCAACAUUAGCAGAAUGUGCUGGGCUUGCGUUUUUGUUCUAAUUGUGAUCACUGAGCAGUAGCUCAUUUGGCAGCGCAAAACAAAGUGUUUGUUGUGUUAAUGAACUAGGGUGGUUGGUUGGCCAGGUAAACACUGUUUCUUUUCAUACAACUGUGUUUUGAAUAGAACAUUCUUGAAUGGAAAGCCGAACCAUGAAAUGGAUUAUUUAAGAAUUCAUGUAUUACUAGCGGACUGACUUCUGUAACAAUUGCACUGAAUUGUCAACACUCACAGAAUUUAAUUAGUGCAUUCUGCUCUUGCCUGUGUUCUCAGAACAACAUAAAGAAAAAAUGGUGCUUCAAAUCCUUCUUUUGUUGUUUCAUAAUUAAAAAGUAUUUUUGAAAUUUUUGAAUUCUGGUAAAGGAACGAUUUCCUUAUGUUUGUGCAGUUGUUGUUAAUCAGGAGUUGAUAAGGACUUGUUAAACCAAUUUGUUUUGAUUAAAAUAAAAUUGUUGUUGGCAGUUUUGUGGGAUUUGUAAAAGUUAUACAGUUGCAGGGAGGGGUAUAUUGGAGUCACUCAAUGUGUCAAUAUUUAUGCAAUCAGUUGGUUAUUUUUGCAUUCAAUAUUAGCCAAUUCUGACUUCAACCACAUGCACAUUUCUCAAGCGAUUAAAAUGAAGUGAAAAUGUGUCAUCACCAUGAAGUGUUGAUGUGCGAGACUCUUGUUUCAUCCCCAGUGAUCCUCGUGUACCUGAGCUAUUAAACUUUGAGCAUAGCUGACAAACGUGUGCAGGUUCAUAAGUCAUGUUUUUCACUAAGCUCUAGUUUAACCUGAUAUAAAAUAUCAAAAAUAUAGUUAAACCAGGUUGAUUGUUAGACACGUGCAUGACAAUUAUCCCUUACAGUGCGGGAACCGAGUUGUGAAGGCCUUUGCAAACAGUUUGGAUCCAGAUGAGACGCCACAGAACGUGGCGUCUCAUCUGGAUCCAAACUGUUUGCUAUUCUGAUAGUAUUCUUUGAAAAAAAAUCGAAGAAAAUGCUAAUUUUAGAAAUUCAGCAGACGACAUUUUAGCAGACGACAAAUUACCCAGCAUGCAAAGGAUUAUAAUAAUUGAUCCCAUUGUUAUCAAAAUGAUACGGCAGCUGCUUUGUCAAAACCUUCAUGCCAUGUUUUCCUAUGUACAAAAUUCCUAUAACAACAACGCAAAAUUGUCAAUAUCUGUUGAUGUUUUAUGUAAUUACUGUCAAAAUGUGUUCCUAAUAAGGGGUCAGUCUGUGCCUCUUAUCCAGUAAGUGUUGCCAUUCCUGUAGAUUCAACAAUAUUAAUGUGUUUAUCAGUAUAUACAGAAAAUGUUCAAUGAAUGAUAAUACAAUUGUUUUGUAAGAGUUUUCCUAUGAACAUGAAGACGGAACGUAACAAAAUUUAAGAUUUCAUCUCUUAAAAUGUACUUUGACUUUGUAACAUGUAUAUUGAAAACCAAUUAUAUAGAUAUGAAAAUAAAUAGUGAAUUAAA